CGGUAAGUGCCGCGCGGCUUUCACCCUUUGAUUGAUAGGGUCCGCGAGAAGUUAAGUGCUCGCUCUCAACUUUUCUCCUUACGAAGACAGCCAGCUGGCUGCCCUUAUGAUGACUGUCAACUGUCAGCAUUGUAGCCGAGACGCCCCCGGCGGUUUCGAUGAGCACUUGUUCGUUUCUGAAGGCGAUCGCUCAAGUGAUCCUACUUUCGUUGUCUAUGUUAGACAGUGCUAGCAACAGAGCAGUUCAGCACGGGACCACAUGCGAUUUCGCUCGCGCUCUCGAAGAGAGCAUCGGCCCCGCCACCGAGGCGUAUAACGGAUUCGUUAGAAUCGCAAUCGUUUCGUAUUGCAGGACAAGUGAGCUCAUCGAUGAUCAUUUGUUCACGCCACCCACACUGGCAACCUGAAGGAAAGUUCAAUUGACGCAUUGUCCGGCGACUCGAUACCUGUCUGAUG